AUGUCGGACUCGACGCAAUAUACCGUGGGUUGGAUUUGUGCUCUGACCCUCGAGCUGACAGCAGCACGGCAAUUCCUUGAUGUGGAACACCAACCAACCAGCCACCUUGCAGCCAACGAUACCAACAGUUACACGCUGGGUGAGAUGGCUGGCCACAACAUUGUUAUCGCAGUGCUCCCAGAAAUUGGAACCAAUGCCGCAUCAAGCGCCACUGCGAACUUGCUUAAUAGCUUCCCAAAUAUCAAAUUCGGGUUGAUGGUUGGCAUAGGAGGCGGUGUUCCAAGCAGAAAAAAUAACAUUCGUCUGGGUGAUGUCGUGGUCAGCAAGCCUACAAAUGGCGUCGGCGGCGUAUAUCAGUACGACUUCGGUAAAACUAUCCAAGGCCGAGAGUUUCAACAGACUGGCCACCUCAACCAGCCUCCCCCAGCAGUUCUAGCUGCGAUCAAGAACCUAGAAAGCUUUUACGAUAGCGACGGACACAAGAUCAAGGAGAACAUCGAAACAAUCCUGGAGAAGAAACCGAGACUCCGGAAGAAGUACCAACAACCUAGUCAACUCCAUGAUCGUCUCUACAAGUCCAACAUCCCACAUCCCGAUGGAGAUGAUGGGAGCUGCGAAGAGCUCUGUGGAACGGAAUCUUCCCAAUUCAUCGAGAGGCAUCAGAGAGAGGACGAUGAAGAUGACCCAGCGGUCCAUUACGGUGUCAUCGCCUCCGCAAAUCAAGUCGUGAAAGACGCUCGUCUCAGGGACGAUCUCGCAAGGAGCAAAGGCGUUUUGUGCUUCGAAAUGGAGGCCGCUGGAAUGAUGAACCAAUUUCCCUGCUUGGUGGUGCGCGGUAUUUGCGACUACAGCGACUCGCACAAGAACAAGGAAUGGCAAGGCUAUGCUGCGAUGACUGCUGCAGCAUACACCAAGGACCUUCUCGCAACCAUCAAGACCCAAGGACUAGAAAGCGAGAGGAGGCUGAAAGAUGUCCUCGACGAAUUUUCCGACAAAAUUACCACAAUCCAAGAUGACACGCGGCAGUUGCGAACCACCGUGGAGGAAUCCACCCAAAUGAAUCUAGCAGACAAGAUACGAGAUUGGUUAUCGCCCUCAGACGCUUUGGUCUCCCUCGAGAAAGCUCUGGAUCAUCGACACCAAGAUACGUGCAGAUGGUUGCUUGAAAGCGACCUCUAUCGUCACUGGCGGACAACUCCAGACUCGUUUCUCUGGCUGUAUGGCAUCUCCGGUUGCGGAAAGACUGUUCUUGCAUCGUCCGUCAUAGAUCAGUUGCGUUCAGAAGAUCGAGCAUCGCCUACCGCGUUCUUCUACUUCGAUGUCAAUGGCGGAGGCAGACGAGACUUGCCGCAAAUGCUACGGUCGCUACUCUUCCAACUUGGUUCACGGUCGAAGGAAGCUGCUGAACAAGUUCAAAAGAUGUAUGAAGAGUGCAGGCGUGAUAACACGAGUGCUACCAUCAAGCAGUUGUCCGCCACGCUCAAAGCCAUUCUACAUAAGCUGAGCAGCAUCACGGUAGUCAUUGAUGCUCUCGACGAAUGUGAUUCGCCAAGUGACGUGAUAGACUGGUUGGAAGAUCUGCAUAAAGAGCACAUUGAUAGCUUGCAUCUGCUCAUCACGUCUCAAAGAUACGGUCCGCUGGAUAUUGCAAUUUGCUGCUGGCCUAGACAAGAUCAACUCUACUGCGUUGGCACAGACGAUGUCAAUCAAGAUAUCAGGAGUUAUGUCCAUGCACGGUUAUUUCAAACCAAGGAGUUUCAGCAUUGGGUCCCUCACGGGAACCUGCAAGAGGAGGUUGAAAACAGAAUCUUGAAACAAGUCAAUGGAAUGUUCCGAUUAGCUGCAUGCCAGCUAGAUGAGCUGAGCAAAUGUUUGGAUCCACCACGGCUCAUGAUGGCCCUUGAUAACCUCCCCAAGACCCUUCAAGAGAUUUACAAUCGGAUUCUUGGCACACUUGAGCAAAGUCCAAGGUGUAGGGAAGUUUUGCUCAUGCUCCGACUUCUCACAUGGUCCGAAACCCCUCUCACUUUCGGAGCGAUGAUCGAUGCCCUUACUGUUCGACCAGAGGAAUCGCCUGCGUUCGAGAAGGGAAACCGAUUAUUUAACCUCAAGCACGUGAUUCUGGAUUGUUCAAGUCUGGUAUCCGUCAUUGGCGCCUCUGAGACACAUCAACAAGAUCAUAAACAGCAGGAAAUACAUCUCGCACACUCAUCUGUAAAGGAAUAUCUGAGAUCACGGCAUUUGGCCCGCCCGUUUGAUCAACUCUCAGAAGAAGUCCACGCGAGAGGACUCAUCGCGCAAACCUGCAUUGGCUACCUCAUGAGCCUACCUAUCGAUCAUUUCUGGGAUCCAGAUCAGUACCAAUUUCCGUUCGCGGCUAUAGCAAGUCAUUGGAUGGAGCAUGCGAAAGUGGCCGAGACUACUGACGAUACCUUGGUCCAGCUUAUUCUGAAGCUCUAUCAAUUGGAAAGUGCUAGACUUGGUACCGCUAAAGGCAACAAUAAACUAUACAAUCACACCGAAGGCAACGGAAAGCUCGAGUACAAGGAUUGGAAUGAUGGUUUAUACGAUUAUAUGUACAAGAGCUUCGCUAAACCACUCCCAUAUCAAAAAGAUCUAGGCGUGCUCUACGAAGGACCCUUGACGCAUGCUUCAUACUGGGGGUUAGGAACCGUUGUGCAUCGGUUGUUGGAAGCUGGUACCGACGUCAAUGCCGACCAGUGUUCUGAUAACCCACUUCAUGCGGCUGCAUUUCAUGGACACGACAGUGUGGUCAAGAUGCUGCUGGCAAAUGGCGCAAACGUCAAUGGAACAAAUGACGGACAGUUCUCUAUACCCCUCGUCGCAACCUCGUUCAAUGGCCAUGUCAUGACUGCGCAAAUUUUACUGCAACAUGGUGCCAGUAUCUAUGGUCGGUCCAUGCGCGGAAAUGACGCUUUCGGGAUGGCCUCAAUGAGCCCCCAUCCAGAAUUUCUACGCUUUCUGCUACACAGCAGGCUGCUUCUGGAGCAGUCGUCGGACACUAUAACGAACGCCAAUAAAGAAUUGCACCUUAUGAACAGAAGACCCGGCCGUUGUGUGCAUGGAGCUCAAGAUCGAAGGCGUCGGUCAGCCGAGAUGGCAGCUGGACUGCAAGAUCGGGAUCUGGCAGUGGAUCCGUCAUGUACCCACUUCUGCCUCCAUGAAGCCUUGUUCGAAGCCCUGACCUCGUCUUACUUUGCUUGUGUCGAAACACUCAUAGAAUACGGCGCAGAUCCGCGUGGAUGCAGACAUGAUUGCGGGAACGGAAGACCACAACGACCAUGGUUAUUUGCAAUCAAGUAUGCAAUGGGACCGGAUUUUGGACGGAUAAUCAAUUUACUCUGGGAAAAGGGUGCAGAACUUGAUGCACAGACUACAAGAUCUGUGUUACUGGGGGUGCUGUACUUUCGAGUUCAAGGGGGGGGUCUAUCGGAUGUGCCUCUUUUACUGGAGAUACUGGGUGAUACGGUUGUCGGUGUUGAAGAGCUCAAUGAGUUGCGGCAGCGCGCUAUCGAUUGGCGGCAUGACGAAGCUGCAGAAUUGUUUCUCGAGCUAGGCGCAGAUCCUCAUGCCUGCGAACACCAGAAAGAUUUGGAUUUCCUUGAGGGAACACUCAGUAUACCUCGGUCUGAUGGUCAUCAUGAAUCAAGAAGAGGAUCAUGGUCUGAUUCGAUCGACUAGAGC